AUGACGAAACGGAUAUCUCACUUCGAGGCUCUUGAUCUCGCGCGCUCGGGGCAGGUAGAGGGAGUUGGAGGGACGCAAGGGAAAAUGAAUAGAGAUGGGAAUGUGAGAGGAGAUGGAAAGAGAAAAUCAAAACGAAGAUGGGAUUGGGAUUUAGAGAAAGGAGAUGCUGAAGCAAAGAAGAAGAAGAAAAUGAAUGGACGACGAAAGGGGAGAUGGCGAAGGGAUGGGAUUUUGAGGAAGAGGAGAUGA